AGUAGGCGGUUUCAUCGUUUCCUACAGUAGCUAGUGGGGGGAUCGAUAUUUGGAAAAAUUAGCCUUAGCUGCUGGCUGUCGUUACUUAUGGCGACCACCUUUAAAUUGCAGUUGGGGUUGAAGAGGAAGGAUGACAAUGAACCAGUUCGUUUUAAAAUAGAUGGAGGUCGAUUUGACAGUGAAAAAACCUUAAAACUGAACGUCGAUACACCUUAUCUGUUGGAAUUACGUUUAACACAGGAAAUUGAAGUAUUAGAUCUAGCUAUACAAGGAAGUAGCAUUUCUCUCAACGAAGGGAAGAGCGGAAAGGCUGGAGAAAGCCUAUAUACAUGUGAAUGGACAAGCACCAGUUUCUCACCCAAUAAAAAAGGAAAUAGACAGCAGAUCAUCAUUAUAAUAAGGCUGAAAGUCUCGGGCGUCAUUGUUGAAUUGAAGACAACACUACAGUGCAAACUAUAUAAAGAAGAGGAAAAGACGCAUUGUAAAUGGGGUGACUUAGCCAAUUUCCUGGAAUAUGACUGUAAAAUACCAGAUGGAGCCACGUAUGUUGAUGUUACUAAGCAAGUAAUCAGAUAA